CUGAGCAUGUAGGCUGGAACCAUAAACACAUCCUGAAGCAAGCUUUACCCUAGUAAAACCCACAGCACCGAGACAUGCUACAUCCCCAUGAGCUCAGCCGCGGACGUAUGUUCUUGGAUAGAUCUCGGUUCUUAUAGCGCCAGUUAUAGGUUUGAGAAGCGGGAGGAGAUGACGGCGAGGAAAGCCGCUUUUCAACCGCUGUCCAGCUCUCGCAUCCCGGAGAGGAAGGGAGCGGCUGACCGGGGGAAGACUAACUCCGACUGGUCUUAUCCUUUCUCCCAACAGGAGCCGGAGAAAGGCCAAUCAACAGCAGGGAUCCAUGCCCAUGUGGUGGGGGCUGUCGGGGGCUCUGGGGCCGUGGAUGAGUCGUCAGACAGCGAGGGAGAACAAGAAGGCCCGCAGAAACUCAUUCGGAAAGUGUCGACCUCCGGACAGCUCAGAACCAAGACCAGUGUGAAAGAGGGAUUGUUGCUGAAACAGACAAGCUCAUUCCAGAGGUGGAAAAAACGCUAUUUCAAACUGAGAGGACGAACACUCUACUAUGCCAAAGAUGCCAAGACUGGCAGUGCCCAGGCCCGGUGGCAGGAGCGGGCACUACGUGGCGUGUCCAGGAGUCGUGUAUGUUGGAGGGUCCUGUCCGUGUGCUGGGCAGGGCCUCGCAGCACUCCACCGGCUAGCGGAUCCGAGGAAGGUCUGAUGUCGAUACGGUCACUGAUAUUUGACGAGGUGGACCUAUCUGAUGCCAGCGUGGCUGAGUCCAGCACUAAGAAUGUUAACAACAGCUUCACGGUGAUCACUCCGUUCCGCAGGCUCAUCCUCUGCGCAGAAAACAGGAAAGAGAUGGAGGACUGGAUCAGCUCGCUGAAGUCCGUCCAGUCCCGAGAGCAUUACGAGACAGCACAGUUUAAUGUGGAACAUUUCUCAGGGAUGCACAACUGGUAUGCCUGCUCCCACGCACGGCCCACCUUCUGUAACGUCUGUAGGGACAGCCUCUCUGGCGUCACCUCCCACGGCCUGUCCUGUGAAGUGUGUAAAUUCAAAGCUCACAAGCGGUGUGCCGUCAGGGCCACCAACAACUGCAAAUGGACCACACUGGCCUCUAUAGGCAAAGACAUCAUCGAGGACGAGGAUGGGAUCGCCAUGCCCCACCAGUGGCUGGAGGGAAACCUGCCUGUUAGUGCCAAGUGUGCUGUGUGUGACAAGACCUGUGGCAGCGUGCUCCGACUGCAGGACUGGCGCUGUCUCUGGUGCAAAGCCAUGGUACACACAGUGUGUAUGGACCUGUACCCCAGGAAAUGUCCGCUGGGCCAGUGUAAAGUCUCUGUCAUCCCUCCUACUGCCCUCAACAGUAUCGACUCUGACGGCUUCUGGAAGGCCACCUGUCCCCCGUCCUGCGCCAGUCCUCUUCUGGUCUUUGUCAAUUCCAAGAGCGGAGACAACCAAGGGGUUAAAUUCCUCCGACGUUUCAAGCAGCUCCUCAACCCUGCUCAGGUGUUUGACCUGGUCAACGGAGGACCACAUCUAGGGCUGCGUCUCUUCCAGAAGUUCGAUAACUUCCGGAUCCUGGUGUGCGGAGGGGAUGGGAGUGUAGGCUGGGUCCUCUCUGAGAUAGACAAACUCAACCUCCACAAACAGUGCCAGCUGGGAGUUCUCCCCCUGGGUACUGGGAAUGACCUGGCGCGGGUGCUGGGCUGGGGCCCGUCGUGUGAUGAUGACACGCAGCUGCCCCAGAUCCUGGAGAAACUGGAGCGGGCCAGCACCAAAAUGUUGGACCGCUGGAGCAUCAUGACCUACGAAAUUAAGAUCCUUUCCAAACACAGCGGGCCUGUCACACCCGACGACACUGACCAUGACCAGUUCCAGAUCUCAGCCUAUGAAGACUCGGUAGCUGCCCAUCUCACCAAGAUCCUCAAUGCUGACCAAAACUCUGUGGUCAUCUCCUCUGCUAAGAUCCUGUGUGAGACAGUAAAGGACUUUGUUGCCAAAGUGGGGAAGUCCUAUGAGAGAAGCACUGAGAAUACAGAGGAGUGUGACACCAUGUCUCUCAAAUGUGCCAUCCUGAAUGAGAAACUAGAUUUGCUCCUUCAGAACCUCAACACAGAAACCCAGUCAUUUCCCCCACCACCUCGCCUUUCCACACCCCCCAUCGUUGAGGAGGAGGAAGAAGAGGAGGAGGUGAGCGAGGAGUCGUUGACCGAGCUGAAGGAGAAACUGGAAGCGGAGGAGAGUGAGAAGGGAGGAGAGAACGGAGGAGGUUCGCCACACAAGAUGUUCAGAGCUAAAGAACAGUUGAUGCUACGGGCAAACAGCCUGAAGAAGGCUGUACGAGAGAUUAUGCAACAGGCAGAGAGAGUGGUGGAUGAGCAGAAUGCCAGCACGGAGGAGCAGGAGCUGCCGUCCACGUUUGAGUUCAGGAAGGAGGGAGAGGAGGACAACAGGGACAGUGAAAAGGACGAGGACACCAAGGAACUAGAGAUCCUGCCAUUGGCUAAGAGUCCUUGUUCCCCUCCUGAAAGGUGUGUGAGUCGCAGCAGCCAAUCAUGUGGCUCUUUCUCCAUCACACCCUUCACCACCAGCAAGGAGAACCUGCCUGUACUCAACACACGUAUCAUCUGCCCUGGUACAUCCUACGGUUUGCGUGCUGGUCUGGCAGCCUCUAUAGCUGGUAGCUCCAUCAUCAGUAAGAUGCUGCUGGCCAAUAUCGACCCAUUUGGAGCUACGCCCUUUCUGGACUCUGACCUGGACUCACUAGAGGGCUUUAGUGAAAAGUGUGUCAUGAACAACUACUUUGGCGUUGGGCUGGAUGCUAAGAUCACAUUGGAGUUCAACAACAAGAGGGAAGAACACCCAGAGAAGUGCAGGAGUCGUACUAAGAACAGGGUAUGGUAUGGGGUUCUGGGCACCAAGGAACUGCUCCAGAGAACCUAUAAGAAUCUAGAACAGAAGGUUCAACUGGAGUGUGACGGUCAGUACAUCCCCCUGCCCAGCCUUCAGGGCAUUGCGGUGCUGAACAUCCCCAGCUAUGCAGGUGGAACCAACUUCUGGGGAGGAACCAAGGAGGACGACAUAUUCUGUGCCCCGUCGUUUGAUGAUAAAAUCCUGGAGGUGGUAGCAGUGUUUGGCAGUAUGCAGAUGGCUGUGUCCAGAGUCAUCAAACUGCAACACCACCGCAUAGCACAGUGUCGCUCAGUGAAGAUCACUAUCCUGGGAGAGGAGGGUGUUCCUAUCCAAGUGGACGGAGAGGCCUGGGUACAACCUCCUGGAGUCAUUAAGAUCCAACACAAGAACAGAGCCCAGAUGUUGACCAGGGACAGGGCAUUUGAGAACACUCUGAAGUCGUGGGAGGACAAGCUGAAGUAUGACAAGCUGCCCUUGCGGUCUCACCUUUACUCCCAGCAGUCUGUGGACCUGGCCACUGAGGAGGAGGUGGCCCUCGUACAGCUGGUUGCCCGCGCUGCAGACGAUCUCAUCACCAGGAUCUGUGAGGCAGCCAAGACCAAUGGGCUUUUAGAGCAGGAGCUGGCUCACGCCGUCAACGCCUCAUCACACGCCAUCAACAAGACACACCCCAAGUUAGCCGAGAGUAUGGCCAGGAACACUGCUAUAGAAGUAGCCAGCAAUGUGAAGGCUUUACACAACGAGACUGAAUCCCUUCUGGUGGGACGAGUAUCACUGCAACUGGAACCCUCAGAUGAAGAGUCUUUAUCCAGUGCUCUGCAGAGUGUGGAGAUGGAGCUAGGCAAACUUGUAGAUAUUCCCUGGUUAUACCAUAUACUGCAGCCUAAUGAAGAUGAGGACCCCUCGUUAGAGUAUGGCAAGAGCAACAGUCGUAGCAGCAUGUUCAGAAUUGUGCCAAAGUUCAAGAAAGAGAAAGCUAUCAAGAAGACCAACCCUCAGUCAGUGGAGCGAUGGGGUACAGAGGAGGUAGGAGUCUGGCUGGAGCAGCUCAGUCUGGGAGAGUACAGAGAUACCUUCACACGCCAUGACAUCAGAGGCUCUGAACUGCUGCACCUGGAGAGGAGGGACCUGAAGGAUCUGGGGAUAUCGAAAGUGGGUCAUAUGAAGAGAAUUCUCCAGGGAACUAAGGACCUGGCCAAGACAGCAAUGGUUGACCUCUAACCCAGAAGUAGUUGGUGCCAGAGUGGAAGUGCCCUUCCACCACAGAGAAAGAGUUUGGGAGCUCCGCAGGGAGAGCUGGAUGCCUGGCAUCUUGGGGUGGAUGGAUGGAUUUGAUCCUUUGAUGGAUUUAAGAAAGCUGUUGGUGAGAAAUUGUCUAACAGGAAUGUUUUAGUGAGGCUGUGUUUGGUGCCAAAAUAGAAGAUGGCAAUCUACAGUUGUUGACAGUUUAAAGAAGGAAGCCAUAGUUUUUC